CCUCCUUGAAGGAUCCAGAUAUCAGGGUGUUUCUUUGCAUGAAGUUAUGCAAAAGUUAUCAGACAUCAAUCCCUCAAGAAAUCAGAAGGCUUCUCUCCUUAAUGUUAUACUUAAACGUUGUCAGUUGCAGAUGCAUGACAUUCAUCUGCUAGUUCAGUUUCCUGUCUCAAAUGAUUCCUUUGGAUGUUUGUGUGAGACUAAGGAGCUUAAUGCAAAAUCUCUGUAUGCUGAGGGUCGGUGUUUUCUGGGAGGGCUUAUCAGUUCACUUUUUGCUCCUUCGAAAGAGAGCUCUUUCAGUCUUGAUCUGAAAGGUUUUCAGAUUGGGCUGAAGAGAAGAGAUCACAUCAGCUGUCCUAUACUUUUAUUGGAUCUGUUCACUCGCCUCAAAUUGAAAGAUCUUCAGCUUAUGGACUUCAAUCUUAAUGUUCCAGGAUUAAGUUUUUCAAUUUCUCCGGUAGAGCUUCCUAUUAUUUUAGUGUUUUAUACACUCUCAUCCUAUGAAUCCAAUUCUGUUAGAAAUGGUAGUCACCUAUGGAACAUAGCUGCAAGCAGAAUCAGUUCUCUGAUUUCUACUCGUAGAUGGUCAUUGUAUAAAUUGGUUGGUAUUGUGUGUUUGUGGUUACAGUAUGUCAAUGCUUAUGAGAAUCUACUUAUAUUAGUUGGAUAUCCUGUGGACGACAUUAUGAAAAGAUCUUCUGUUAAGAUGUCUGAGGAUGACAUAUUUGCAAUAGCUGUUAAAAAACAAUGGAGGAGUGUUUCUGAAAUUGAAAAGAAGCUGCCUGCUGAGGCUAUUGCAUGGGCACGGCGAAUAGCUCGUUAUAGAGCAGUAUUAAGUAUUCAACAGACGAAGAAUUGUUCUAAUAAAUUGCUAGUCACCAGUCGCUUCAAAUUCUUCAGUAGGGUCCUUAUACUCCUAAAACUUAUUUGGAGUGUUAUAUGCAGAACAUUCAACUCAUUAAUAAGCUUGCUUCUGCAUAUAUUUUUUGCUGAUCAUCCACAGAUUGAUGAACAGUUUGGAGUUGUUUCUGAAGAUUUUUGUGCACAAAGUUGCUUCAGUGUAAGCAUGGGAAUAAUUUCAAUUUUUAUCUCCCCAGUGAAUAAGGUUCAGUCUCUUGUUGGUGGGGAUCCAAUCUCAGAUGUUGGGAGCUCAUCCUCGGAUUUAUUUUCAUUUUGUGUUUCAAUUGAUGGGUUCGUCUUAAUGUACACAGAAAACAUUUUUGAACAGUGCUUUUCCAUUUCAUGUGGGCCUUUGACGGUUACGUCCUCGUCUCCUACUGACGAUGGCUCAAAGAAUAACAAUAGUUAUCUGAAAGAAGCAUGUUAAAAUAUUUUUUUUUCUGACUUUUUCUACAAUUUCAAAGCUUCAUAAAUGACUAAUUUAUUUAAAUUGUUCUUCCAGGUACAAAACCUUCUUCAACAGAUGGCAUCCAGACCAGUGAAGAUUACAGAUUCUAUGCUAUAUCAACUGGGUUCAGUGAAUUUAGUAUCAAGGACAAGACAUCAAAUUAAAUCAAAACUCAGGGGGUUUGUCUUAAUGUUUUUCCUGUUAUUUUUUGGCGAAUGUUAAAACAUAAUUUGUGGAUAUGUUAUUUUGUAGUUAAAUGGUAA